CGUACGGAAAAUGGAUUUGUAUAACCCUUGACAGUUUCAUUGUCUCCCUCGGUGGUAAUGAGUUUGUGACUUCUGUGGAUCAAAUGAACUGUCGGGAUUUCCAGAAUCAGCGGUAUGGGCAAACUCCACUCCAAACUAGCUCCAAAGCGCAGACAGAGUCCUGAAGGUGGGAUACUGGCUUCCAUUCACACACCGAGAGAAAGGCCAGCAGAGGGUAGCAGACUGCUGAAGACAAGACAUAUUCAGAAGCACACCUUUCUCCUACCAGCACCCUCCCCUUCCACCCUCUUCUGUAGGAAAUCAAACCCAGCAUCAAAGCUUCACAGCAGGCAGAGCAUGUCGGACUCAGAGAGGAGGGUGUGGAGAUGGACCAGUUGGGUUUUACAGAACUUGUUCAGGGAACUGAAGGAAACAUCUCCCAAUAACUGUGACCUCAAAGUGACAUUGCCACCAGAAAGAGGAUCUGAUUAUGGCAGCCAUCUUCCAGAAAAAAAACAGUCAAAGAAGAGGGACAGCCACACUGCUGACACAGAGGAUAUCAAACACGCAGAGGAUCCCAGACAGGAGUGGGUCUUCACGCUGUACAACUUUGAUCACAGCAGCAAGGCCACCAAAGAGGACAUGUCCAGCCUAAUUCAUUCCAUGUAUGAGGCCUUAGAGGCUUCAGUCAAGCAGCCUUCUGGUGGCACCACAGUCCUGAAGUUCAACCUUGUCAUGUCACCCUCUCUCCAAGACAAGGUCUCACAACCAGUUUCAGCUCCAAACAUGAGGAUAACAUCCCACUCUUUUCAUCAGAGAAAGAGCAGAGUGCAUUUCGCGAGGCAGGAAGUCCUAAAAGAAGACUCUACUGUGCAGAUGAAAACAUCGAGCGCAGAAACCAUUAUUUGGAUCUGGCUGGUGUUGAAAACUACACUUCCAAGUUUGACACUAAAGAAUCCCCAUCUCAGGAGCCCAGACACAAUCCUCUUUCAGCUCCUCAGCACCACCUUGUGCUGGCAGGGGAGAACUACAGCUCCUCAGAGCAUCCCGGAGGUUCCUCUCUGUUUCAUUCCCCAAAGGGCAAGUCAUCUGACAAAGAAGGAAGGUCCACCAGAGUCCACAGCCAGCACCCUGCUUCCUGGUGCCAGCCUAGCCACCCUAAACACCCAGUCUACAGCACUCCACAACGUACACACAGCAAAAGGCUACGAUCCAGAGAACAAGAAACUAUCUCACCUGGCUCCCAGACCCAGCCAAGAGGAGACAGGGAGAUAUCAGCCAAACGUAAUCCCACCUGUGGUUCCCCUGCUCUUCUGGCCCUACGACAUGAUCACCAUCACUACCACGAGCAUCACCACCACCAUCAUCAUCACCACUACCACCCAGCAUGAAUGCAUUUCAGACACAUGACUGGACUGGACUCCAGCUCAGGCUUUUUCUCACAAGCACAAGGUGUGAAUAGUGUCACGUAUUCCAGCUUAAAUGAAAUGUUGUUCCUGCUUAGCUCUUGGUGGAAAUUACAAACAGACACUGUACCCAACGAAGGACGUG